UACAGUUCCACUGCGGGGGACAUAGAUUAUAUUGAACUGACCUCUUUGUGAACCCAGAUAAAUCUUCAUUUAUAUCAAAUAACAACUUAUUUUGUGGUGGUACGCGGCCAGUGAAGGAAGUCUUCACUCUCGAUCUGAACAUAUGAUUCCGGAGAAUAAUUUGAAGGAGCCCACACCCACAGAAGAACCACGUAAACGUAGUUUCAACAACCCUGGUGCCAGAAUGCCGAACAUCAAAGUGUUUACCGGUAGCUCGCAUCCGGAGAUUGCCAAGAGAAUCGUCGCGCGACUUGGCAUCGACUUAGGCAGAGCUACAACGAAAAAAUUCAGCAACAAAGAAACUAAUGUCGAAAUUGGCGAAUCAGUCAGAGGUGAGGAUGUGUACAUCGUUCAAAGUGGCUGCGGAGAGAUCAACGACAACCUUAUGGAGCUGUUUAUUAUGAUCAACGCGUGCAAGAUCGCAUCUGCAUCCCGUGUAACGGCUGUUGUACCUUGCUUUCCAUACUCCAGACAAGACAAGAAAGAAAAGAGCAGAGCACCAAUCACAGCUAAACUUCUUGCAAACCUCGUGUCAGUUGCUGGCGCCGACCACGUCAUUACAAUCGAUUUACACUCCUCACAAAUUCAGGGAUUCUUCAACAUACCUGUAGAUAACUUGUACGCGGAACCAGCAAUCACAAAAUGGAUUAAAGAAAACAUUGCCGACUGGAAGAGCAGUGUGAUGGUCUCCCCUGAUGCUGGAGGUGUGAAAAGGAUGACUGCCAUCGCAGACAGGCUUGAUAUUGAUUUCGCUAUCAUUCACAAGGAGAGGGAAAGAGCUAACGAAGGAGAUGCGACAGUUCUUGUGGGUAGUGUGAAAGGCAGGACAGCUAUUAUGGUUGAUGAUUUAGCUGACACUUGUGAUACGAUUGUCAAGGGAGCUGAAGCAUUACGCGAGGCUGGAGCUACUAAAGUCUACGCGAUACUAACCCAUGGAGUAUUCGCAGGGAACGCUAUCGAGAAGAUUAAUAACUCGUGCCUCGAAGGCAUUGUGGUCACAAACACGAUCCCACAGGACGCGAAUAUGAAGAUGUGCCCGAAGAUACAAACGAUUGACAUAUCUGUGAUGCUAGCUGAGGCUAUUAGACGUACUCAUUACGCCGAAUCUGUCUCAUAUUUGUUUACCAACGUACCUUAUUAAUUUCUUAGUCUUUAAAAUGUUUAUUAUUUCUCAUUGUAAAGAAUGUACUACCUAUUUAUAAGUGUUUAUGUAAAGAACCGUUGUAAUUACUCAUUAUUGUGUUGUAUUGCGAAUAAAAUUGUAUUUACAUUUAAAUGUA